UAUGGCUUUAUGGCUGAAAUAAAAAUAGCCUCCCUUUUAAACUCAAUGGGGAUGCCACUGUCUUUUCCAGCUGGUCUUGUCAGUCAAAUUUCAAAACAAGAUGGCAGACAGAAGGAACUGGGUUUUAACACUCUCAGUGUGUAUAAUCUGCUUGCUGGUGGUCCGAGCAGACAUCAUAACGCACGCUCCAGUGGGCCAGCUGUUUGUGCACGAGCUAAAGAGAGAAGUCUACCAGAAUGAAUUUGAGCCAUUCCUCAAACACUAUGGACGUGUGUAUAAUGACCCCAUGGUGUUCAAGUGCAACAAGCAGCAGUUCCCAGACCUGCCACGCUGGCUGCGCUUCGCACAGCGUCACCCGUAUGACAACGGCUUCCUGUACGGCACACCGCUGCCCCAAGACCUGGGCAAGAACAUCAUAGAGGUUUUUGUGACAAAUAAACGAAGUUAUGAGACUUUCAAGGACCGCCUUGUUAUAAACAUUGGGCCUGCAGUCAAACAGAUGCCUUACCAGGCUGAAUUCUUCAUUGGGCUGAGGGAGAUCGAGAAGGUCUUACCAUCUGAGGUUCAGGAGGAGAUCAAGCAGGACAUCCAGCUGAUCUGGGGAACUGAUAACCUCGACUACGUCAACAUCACCUCUGCUCUGGACCGUGGUGGACGUGUCCCUCUGCCUCUGGCUGGACACUAUGAGGGUGUGUAUGUGAAGCUGGGGUCAGAUCGACCCUACUCCCCAUGUCUGCUGAGGCUGCAGACAGAAGCUCAUCUGCGAGAGUGUGAGGCUGGAGGGAAGCUCAGCGGAGACUGCAGUGUGUGCAGCAUCCCUGCUAACUGUGUGACCUGGUGUAAGUCAGCUCUGAUUGAUUUAUCCAGGCCUGUGCCUCCUACUCCGGCACCAACCAUGGGUUCGGGCAUUCUGGCAUGGGGAGGAGAGUUUAUCCCACCUGCCUCUCCACCUGAGAGAGACUUUAUCCCUGAUUACAUCGUUACUGUUAUCGUGCCCUUCGCUCUCGCCAUCCUCCUCUGCCUCAUUCUAGCUUACGUGAUGUGCUGCAGGAGAGAAGGAGUUCAGAAACGUGACGCCAUUACUCCAGAGCUCCAGCUUUACCAUCACCACACCAUCCAUGGGAACUGCAAUGAACUGCGGAACAUGGCAGGCAGCCGUGGUAGUGUACCACAGCCCCUGUCUACACUGCCAAUGUUUAACGCCCGAACCGGGCAGAGGGCUCCUCCAGAGUAUCCCUCCGACAGUGUCCACAUCCCCCUCAUCAUGGCCCAGCAGGAACCUAAUGUUGACACACUGCCCAGGAAAUAAAGAUAUGGUUCUUGGGAACCCAGUGAAGGAUCACAAGUUGCUGGGGAGUUUUUUUCUGCUUGCUCUGAUUUUUUUUUUCUGAUCUGCAUUGUGUGUUUAAGUGCAUUUUAAUAGGCGUACGGUAUGUGCCACUCUGCUUUGCUGUUAUGGAUAAAGUUGCAGUACCAUGUGGCUUUAAGUGCACCAACUGGCUCUUUUAGAAGUGUAAUGCUAAUGUUUAAAAUCUGUAUUUCAUCUAUUUCUUGGUGUUAGGAAAAUAUAUAAAUAGAUACCUGUAGAAUGUGAUUUGCUUACAUAUUAACCAUAAGAACAUGUCCUCCGUCCACCCAAAUGCUAGCACAUGUGUAAAUAUAUCAGUCCAGUAAAUCAAAUAUUAUUAUCUAAGCAGUAUAGAUUGCUUAAUUUUAUAGAAAGGCAAUGAGGCCAUGGCAAGAAGAUGACAUGCCGAACAUUCCUUUGACCACUUUAAAACAUGCUUUAUUUCAGCAUCCAAAAUAAUUAAAAACAUCUCGAAAUAUUAUACAUGUACAAAAUAAGUACAGAUCCUCUGUUUGGAACCAUUAAAGUGUCUGGUUGUGGUUUUCUU